AUGGAAGAGCAUGAUGAAAAUUAUGCAAGAUCUAUUGAUCCUAUAAAUCAGAUUUUGAAAAGGAUAAAGGAUUAUGAUCAAGCCAUCAGGUUAUACAAAAAAGUUAGAAAAGAGGGGAGUGUAAAGAUGUAUAUGGGUUGGAAACCUCCUAAAAGAAGUAUGAUUAAACUUAAUAUGGAUGAUGCAAGAAAAGAUAACAAGGUAGCUGAGUGUGGAGGAAUUCUCACGGAUCAUAAAGGUGAUUGGAGAUGUGGCUUCUCCAAAUACUUAAAAAAUUGUAGUGCUAUUUAUGUUGAAUUUUGGAGAGUGUUUAAAGAUUUAAAGCUCACUAAGUCUUUAGGUUUUAGUAAGCUGGAGAAUAAUGUUGCCUCAUUGCAAGUGAUAAAAACUAUUAAGGAUGGUGAGGUAGGUCAUAUCGAAUGUGCCUCAAUUCUUCGGAGGAUUAAAGAGAUUAUUUCUACCCAGAAAGUAGUAGUAAUUAUGCAUGCUUACAGAAAUUUGAAUGUUUGUGCGGAUGCUCUAGAAAAUCGUUGGUGCAUGAAGAAGAACUUCAUUAUUUAUUUAUGA